CGAGAGGGGCCUGAGAGCGCGAGGAUAACAGCGGAGGUGAGAUCUUCUCCGACCAUGGAUAUUGAAGGAUUUGGAGAGCUCCUGCAGCAGGCAGAGCAGUUGGCUGCUGAGACUGAGGGUGUUACAGAGCUGCCCCAUGUCGAAAGGAAUCUGCAAGAGAUCCAGCAGGCUGGAGAAAGGCUGCGCUCCAGGACUAUGACCCGCACCUCACAAGAGUCGGCUAAUGUUAAAGCAUCUGUUCUUCUGGGGUCCAGAGGUCUGGACAUUUCUCACAUCUCUCAAAGACUAGAGAGCCUUAGUGCAGCAACAACAUUUGAGCCCCUUGAGCCAGUAAAAGACACUGACAUCCAGGGGUUCCUAAAGAAUGAAAAGGACAAUGCACUUUUGUCUGCAAUUGAAGAAUCGAGAAAGAGGACGUUUGCAAUGGCAGAAGAGUACCGCAGAGAGUCCAUGCUUGUUGAAUGGGAACACGUAAAGCAGAAGAUCCUCCACACUCUACUUGCCUCGGGGGAGGAUGCUCUGGACUUCACACAGGAGAGUGAGACCAGUUAUGUCAGUGAAUCCGUUGCAGCCGGACGCAGCUCUUUAGAUAACGUGGAAAUGGCAUAUGCCCGACAGAUUUAUGUGUACAAUGAGAAGGUGGUGAGUGGUCACCUACAGCCCAGCCUUGUGGACCUGUGCACGACGGUUGCAGAGAGAUUGGAUGACAAGAAUGUGUCUGAUUUAUGGACUAUGGUAAAACAUAUGACUGAUGUCCUUUUGGUGCCAGCAGCUGACCCUCUGAAAAGUCGUUGUAGUGUACCAAUGCAGAUGGCAUUUGUGCGGCAAGCAUUAAACUACCUGGAAGAGAGCUAUAAAAACUACACACUGAUGAGCGUGUUUGCUAACCUACAGCAGGCUCAGCUAGGUGGCAUCCCUGGAACCUUCAACCUUGUGCGGAGUUUCCUAAAUAUCAGAUUGCCAUCCCCAAUACCUGGACUGCAGGAUGGGGAAGUUGAUGGGUAUCCAGUGUGGGCACUGAUUUACUACUGCAUGCGCUGUGGUGACCUAAUGGCGGCCCUACAUGUAGUGAACAAAGCGCAGCAUCAGCUGGGAGAGUUCAAGAACUGGUUUCAGGAAUACGUUCACAGUGAGGACAGAGGGUUAUCUCCAGCAUUUGAGAGCAAGCUCCGGCUUCAUUACAGAAGAGCUGUGAGAUCUAGUACUGAUCCGUACAAGAGAGCUGUGUAUUGUAUCAUUGGCCGGUGUGAUGUGACAGAUAACCACUGCGAGGUGGCUGACAAAACAGAGGACUACUUGUGGCUAAAAUUGAGUCAGGUGUGUUUUGAAGGAGAUGCGAACAGUUCCCCCCAGGACAAACUGACACUUCCACAGUUUCAGAAGCAGCUGUUUGAAGAUUAUGGGGAGUCUCAUUUUGCAGUUAAUCAGCAACCAUUCCUCUACUUCCAAGUACUUUUCCUCACCGCUCAAUUUGAAGCCGCGAUUGCCUUCCUGUUCCGCCUAGAACGUGCACGUUGUCACGCUGUACAUGUGGCACUUGCCCUUUUUGAUUUGAAAUUGCUGCUAAAAUCAUCAGGACAGAGUGCACAACUGUUGAGUCAGGAGCCUGGGGACCCACCAGGUAUCCGUCGUUUGAACUUUGUGCGUCUUCUGAUGCUAUAUACACGGAAGUUUGAGCCCACAGACCCCAGAGAAGCACUGCAGUAUUUUUACUUCCUCAGGAAUGAAAAAGAUAGUCAGGGAGAAAACAUGUUCAUGAGAUGUGUCAGCGAGCUGGUGAUUGAAAGCAGAGAGUUUGACAUGCUCUUGGGGAAACUGGAGAAAGAUGGGAGCCGAAAGCUUGGAGCUAUUGAUAAGUUCACAAAGGAUACAAAGCCAAUCAUUAAUCACGUGGCAUCCGUGGCAGAAAACAAGGGGCUGUUUGAGGAAGCCGCUAAACUCUAUGAUUUGGCAAAGAAUCCAGACAAAGUUUUGGAACUGACCAAUAAGUUACUGAGCCCUGUUGUAUCUCAUGCGAAUACUCCACAGUCUAACAGGGACAGGCUGAAGAACAUGGCUCUUUCUAUUGCAGAGAGAUAUAGAAAACAGGGUAUCGGUGCAGAAAAAUCUAUAAACUCCACAUUCUACCUGCUGCUGGACCUCAUCACGUUUUUUGAUGAGUACCAUGCUGGCCAUGUAGACCAAGCUUUCGAUGUAAUUGAAAAGCUGAAGCUGGUGCCUCUGAGCCAGGACAGUGUAGGAGAACGAGUAGCCGCUUUCAAGAAUUUCAGUGACGAGAUCAGACAUAACUUGUCUGAAGUUCUUCUAGCAACAAUGAACAUCUUGUUUACUCAGUACAAGAGGUUGAAGGGCAGUGGGCCCUCCACACUUGGUCGUCCUCAGAGAAUGCUGGAGGAUAAAGAUUCUGUCCUGCGCAGUCAGGCUCGCGCCCUCAUCACAUUCGCAGGGAUGAUUCCAUACAGGAUGUCUGGGGACACAAACGCUCGGCUCGUUCAGAUGGAAGUUCUUAUGAACUGACCCCUAGAUAACACCUUACCGUCUCCAUACCCGCACCCUCCAAAUAUUGUGUCCCAUAAUGGAAUUUGUUAUAGCGAAAUAAAUAAUCCGUUUCCAAAAUCA